UUGGUCGUGAGGAAGCUCAGGGUUGCAGUAGUACAUCAGUCCUUUUUCUUUCCAUAACAAAGAAGACCAUCAUCCAUCUUUUAUUUUUUUUCUCCCCAAUUUCAGUUCAUUUCAGGCCAGUUGCAUGCAUUGUUCGUCUCCAAAAAUGGUUUGCGAGACUAAAAUUGUUGCAGACGAACACGAGGCCAUAGCUGGGACCAAAAAAGAUUCAAUUAUAGUUUCCUCCUCGCAAAUGUGGACGUCUUCUUCUGCGUCCCCCAGUGCGCUCGAGAGUAAGAUUGAGAAACGGAACCAGGUUUUUAUCCGCGAGUUUGAACGCUCAGACCAUGAGGAGGUGCGGCGGAUCUUCAACGAGGGGAUCAUGGAGCGGAUACCCAAUUCGGCAUUUCGGGGUCUAAAACAGCAAACUACAACCCAGUUUAUGUAUGCGUUUCUCACAGUAAUGUGCUAUGUUAUGACCAAAUCCUUCACACUGACCUUCUGCGCACCGUUUAUUCUAAUGGGCGCACGUUAUUACUACAGCAGAAAAGUCAUUCUCAGCUACCUGGACUGCGCCCUGCACACCGAUAUGGCGGACAUUGAGGCAUAUUACAUGAAACCCACAGGGUCUUGUUUCUGGGUGGCGGUUCUGCAAGGCCAAGUGGUGGGCAUCGUGGCAGCGCAAAGUCGAGAAGAUGACAACACCGUGGAGCUCCGUCGCAUGUCAGUGGACUCUCACUUUCGCGGAAAAGGCAUCGCCAAGGCUCUGGGUCGGCGUGUUAUUGAAUUUGCCAUGUUAAACAACUACUCGGCUGUGGUUCUGGGAACAACAGCAGUCAAGAUGGCCGCCCACAAGCUGUACGAGUCUUUGGGUUUCCGACGAGUGGGAGAGACGGAGGACUACACGCUGCCAGGAAUGACCCGUUCACCGCUGGAGAGGCUCUUCUUCCAGAUUCGCUACAGCCACUACCGAUUGCAGCUUCACGAAGAGUGAGAGACGAAGAGUUCACUUGAACGCAGAAAACAGAAUACAAACGACGAUGCCGGCAACGACCCUGAACCACCCACCGAUCCGGUCCUCUUCUUCUACCUAUUAAUUUAUGUUUAAGUCAUAUCUGUUUCUACAUUUAGUUCUAUUCAUUCCUAUGCUCAUUGGUUCAUUUGAAAAGGUUAGGCGAAAUGUUUCAUUCUUUUAAUCACUCUAGACUUUUUCUUUGCUCUUAGUCUUUCUUUUCAUGGUCAUCUUGCCCUGAAACACAAUGAAGAAAUGAAUAGCCCUGUUGACUUUAUCUUAUUUGGAUAAACAAUUUCAAUUAAACACAAUAAUUAGCAGUUAAAUGAGCUUUUUUAAAAGCCAUCUUAUAGGCCGACCCACAGAGUAGCACAGACCACACACACGUGAUUUAAGGAACUGGAGAGAAGGUAGUUAAUUCACCUUUUCAUGAGGAAGUGGUUUGAACCUUACAACAGCAGCAGUCUGGUGGAGUCAAACAGUCCAUCAAAUUGUAACUUUCUGUCCAAAUACACAGCAUUUUUAACUGUGUCCGACUAGACAUUUGGAUAUUAUAAAGCCAGUGAUUUCUACCCUUUGUUUAAUAGGUUAUGAUAACAUUGCAAUUUAUUUUUUAUUUGUUUUGAUGGUUGAGCAGUUUUCUAGUGCUGAGCCACAGCAUCAAUGUUAAGGUCAAAAAUGACCAGAAAACAGGAAAGUGACGUUUUUAAACUAAAAUACUAAAUUAACUUGAAACCUAAUUAUAAGGGUACACACAAUUCCUAUACUGUGAAAACACACAAUAGCAGUGGAACCAAUUUUAGCACAUAUCUAUUUGUGUAAAGAUUUGAUGGAGCUUCAAUAAUAACUCAAUUAAACUUUUGUAUACUAAUAGUUUCACCAUUCAGGUUUGGG